AAUACACUUGAUAAACUAUAGGCUGAUAUCAGGCCACUUUAUUGAACAAGAUGUUAUCUUAUAUUUCUGACUUAUCAUCGGUGGUAGCCGAUAACUAACUAUAUUUAUGUAAUAAAUGGUCCAUAAAGUGGCUUUAAUGUGCAAUACCCUUCCGCCACCCACCGAAUGCAGGUUACGCCAUCUUGGGAAGACACGGCACAACUAAGAUGGUUCUGUUGAAAUUAAUUGUCAUGGCAGCAUUGGUUGCCAUGGUGAGCAGUUGCUUCAUUGGAAAACAAUUCGAAGAAGGAGGAAAGUGCUGGGCUGGUUGUCCCUGCCAGAAUGGAAUGCGUUGUGAGGCAUUUGUUCACAGGUGUAAAAAGAAAGGAAUCCUAGAUGAGAGAUGUCAUUUGACGAGACCAUGCGCGGAUGGCUUCAGUUGUCAACCAGGCAUACAUAAAUGUUACAACAAGCCUAGAUUGGAGGGGCAACCAUGCAUAGCAGGUCAUCCAUGCGGACCAGGACUAAGGUGUGAAGCCGGAAGUCACGUAUGUAGAAAACUAGGAACACUUCUGGAUAGUUGCCAUGCGACAAGACCUUGUGGUGACGGGUAUAGUUGUCAGCCAGGGGUUCAUCGAUGCUACAACAAACCCCGUUUAGAUGGUCAACCAUGCGUCGCGGGACAUGGCUGCGCAAAAGGACUACACUGUGAGGCGGGUUCUCAACGAUGCAGGGCUCCGGGCAAGUUAGAAGAGAGCUGCCACCUCACCCGACCAUGUGAGAAAGGUCUCAGUUGUCAACCUGGUAUCCACAAAUGCUACGACCUUCCGCGUUUAGAGGGUCAGCCCUGCGUUGCUGGACAUGGAUGUGGUACAAACCUAACAUGCGAGGCAGGUUCACAUCGUUGCAGACUACCAGGUGGGCUAUUGGACAGUUGUCAUCUUACUCGACCAUGUGGUGACGAACUCUUCUGUGUUCCUUUAAUUCAUAAAUGUCUUCCAGAUUUCUUAAUCUCCGAUGAAUUCCUAGAUUUCAUUUUCAAUUUAACUGCCAAUGAUACUGCCAUGAUUGUUGAAAUAUUAGAAAACAUUGAUCCAAAUGACAUAGAAGGAAUCUUUAAAUUCAUUGAACUCAUCCCAAAAGAUCUUUUAAAUGGAAUUCUAGAACUCCUUUCUUCUUUAACACCAAAAGAUCUGAACAAUAUUGUCGAUUUUUUGAAAACGUUAGAUCCUAAAAUGGUUGAAUCUAUCGCUGAAUUCCUUGCCAGUCUUACAGAGAAAGACAUUACGGAAUUGGUGGAUAUCUUGUCAAAGAUUGAUAUUGAUCAGGUGAAAGGCCUGUUUGAUAUGCUCCUUUCCCUCGAUGGCAAUGAGAUUGAUAUGAUACUUGGUGCUCUGUCUCAACUUAGUGAGGAGGACCUCAUGGACAUUGUUGACAUCCUGGCUAAUAUUACGGAGGACGAUUUGAAAACAAUCGAGGAACUCAUUGGUAUAAUUGGGUAAUUGCUAGCAAAAGUAACACGCUUAGACCAGCUCAUAGUCUCGAGAGAGCUUUAAUUUACCUUUUCACUGUUCCACAACUAGUUACUUUGACGGAACGUCAAUAUAACAAAAUGAACAAACUUCCUGGAUGUACGAGUUUUUUUGUUUUCUCGAUUUAAACUUACGUAUAAGUCAUGUUGCGAAUUAUCAUUUGGCACAAAGUUAGACAAUAUAGUCUAGCUUUUAGAAAUGCUUUGGGCUUGGAAUUUGAUUUUUAAUAAAAGCUGUAAUUCAUGCAUUUAGACCAUCGCUUUUGUUACAUUGACGUAAGUCGUCAAAGUAACAUACAUUAGUAAUAUAACGGACUUUCGUCAAUGUAACAAAAGCGAGGGGCUAAUUAUAUGAAUUGCAACUUCAUUUACAAAACAAAAUCCAAAUCGAAGAAACUUAUUAAAACUAG